GAAGCAGUCUAUAUAUCUGAUCCACUCGCGCUGUAUCACGUUGUUGUGAAAGACCAGCAUAUAUUCGAAGAACCUGAUAUUUUCAUUAUGAACAACAAGGCAAUGUUCGGAGAAGGUCUAAUAGCCACUGUCGGAGAGCAGCAUCGGAAGCAACGCAAGCUGCUUAACCCUGUCUUCUCGACUUCCAAUAUGCGCGAAUUGCUACCCACACUGCAGCCCAUUGCGCAUAAGCUGACCUCUGUCCUUGUAGCUAAGCUUCCGGAUGAUGGAUCAUGCAAAGAGAUCGAUAUGCUGCCUUGGCUAUCUCGCACUGCACUUGAUGGCGUCUGCCAGGCAAUUCUUGGUUAUCCAAGCAAUACUCUAGAGGCUGUAAAAGACGACGAGUAUACUGAAGCACUCCGGAUGUUGAGCCCCUUGAUAUCAAAGCUCGUGUAUCUCCGGCCGUAUGUGCCAAUGGUUCUGCGCAACUUCUCGCCAUAUUGGUCAAGAAAGCUUGUGGACUGGCUUACGGCGCCUUGGAUACCCACUGAAAUGAUGAGAGAUGUACGAGAGAUGCGACGGAUUCUUGAAGUCAUGGACAGUGGUAGCAAGAAAGUUUUCGCGGAGAAAAAGGCAGCACUGGAGACUUCAGCUACUUUAUCCCCUGCUGGUGCCAAUCACGAAGUUGGUCAUCUCAAACCAAGUCGGGGGAAAGAUAUGAUGAACAUCAUGCUCAAGGCAAACUCUGCGACUUCUAGUUCAGAACAACUCACCGACGCCGAAUUGUUGGGACAAACGAACGUUGUGGUAUUGGGUGGCUUAGAGACGACUACCUUUGCUCUGUCUUGUUGCGUUUACUUGCUUGCCAAGAAUCCACUCGCCCAAGCUCGACUGAGAAGCGAGAUUCGUGAUGCCAUCAGAUCCACGUCUCUCGCACAGGACGAUUCUUCGUUUUGCGAGCAUAAAAACCCGCCUCUUAAUUUGUCUUACGAUGCGCUGAUGAAUCUUCCAUUCCUUGAUGGAGUUAUCAGAGAGACAUUGCGGUUUUAUCCUCCUCUCCCACACAUGAGCCGGAGCGUGACCAAAGCAACUACGCUUCCCCUCCAAUUCCCGGUUCGCUCGGCAUCCGGAGCAGAAGUAUCUGCUAUCGCAAUACCUGAGAAAUCAUUCGUCCUCAUCUCUAUUGUGGCUGCAAAUCGCAAUCGAAAAAUAUGGGGUGAUGAUGCGAAUGAGGGAUGGGAUAUGCCCUUUGAUAAUGCCGAGGUACUGCCAUCGAAAUCAUCCACACCCAUCCUUGGGGUCAAAGACAGCAUCAGGUAUCCUGGUGUUUACUCCAACAUGAUGACUUUUUCCGGCGGUAGUCGUUCCUGCCUCGGGUUCAAGUUUGCCGAAAUGGAAAUAAAGGAAAUCCUCGCUACGCUUAUGCUCCGCCUGCAUUUUGCGCUCCCAACUGAUCCGGAUGUCCAUGGACAUGUCAAAGAAAUUCAGUGGGAGUUGAGGUCAUUCUUCGCACCUGUAGUUAAGCCACCAGCUGGAGAUGGGGUGACACCGCAGGUCCCAUUUAAUGUUCGACUGGUGCGAGAGGAAGGACUUUACUGUGGUUGGCAAUUGAAGGUUAUCGCUCAAUUUGCUUUGUGAUCGUCCAAUCUCGAAAACUCAGGAAUUACUUUGUAUCCAUGCCAUAUAAAAUCGAACGAGACGACCUCUCGUUUUCUUCAUCUCA